AUGAUUGAUAUGCUUGUUGGAUGUGGGUACAAGAAAGGAACCACAUUGUUUGGAUAUGGCUAUGAUUUCCGGCAAAGCAAUAGAAUUGACAAGGCGCUGAAUGGCCUUAAAGAAAAGUUGGAGAUUGCCUAUAAAGCUUCGGGGGGAAGAAAAGUCAAUAUAAUUUCACACUCAAUGGGUGGAUUGCUACUGUCAUGUUUCAUGUCACUCCAUAACGAUGUGUUUGCUGAGUACGUGAAUAAGUGGAUUAGCAUUGCGUGCCCUUUUCAAGGAGUCAGAAUGCAGGGGUGUUCUGCUGGCGGAAUAAUGAACAGAAAAAGAGUUGUUCACUUCCAUUUUGGGAAAAAGACCAGAAAACUAAAUGUUACAAGGCAUCCAGUGAUGCUUUAUGGUGCUUACACGGAGACCUUGCAGCAUGAUUGGUGUUAA